CCGGUGGGGUCUCGUCGGAAAACCGUUUCGCCGCUCUAGUUAUAUAUCAUCUUUUUGUUUGCGUUCUCGCUUGACAGUUACAAGAUACAUGUACAUUUGAAAAUCCGGACGCGACAGACUUAAUGGCCGCGUAAAGGAGUCGUGAGAGCGGUUUCGUACGGCGGUUUCGCUCACGCUCCCAUUUAGGCUUCUCGUUUUAGCGUGCGUGCCGACGUCUUGGGCGCGUUUUCGACCGACCGUUUUCGUCUUUCACUCGUCGACUCCUAUGCCGUUACCUUGCUAGAAUAAUCAAUCAUGGAACAAGAUACAGAAUAUAUGAAAUUGCCUCUGGAGGAACGCUGUGAACACAAGUCUUGGCGAGCACGUUUACAUGGGUAUGAGGAAUGCGUGAAGACAUUCCAGUGCAUUGAUGAUGAAAAGUCGCCAGAAUGGAACAAGUAUACAGGCUUCAUCAAGAAGUUUGUAGUAGACAGUAAUGCGGCCGCACAGGAAAAAGGUCUGGAAGCAACUUUGGCUUUCGUAGAAAAUGCUGCAGUUGCCGGCAAAAUAGUCGCCGAUGUGAUGAAUGGCAUUGUGUCCAAGUGCAUUGCCGCGCCUAAAGCCAAAACGAAGGAACUUGCCGUACAGAUCACAUUGAUGUACAUAGAGAUUGAAAAGUACGAUGUGGUGCAGGAAGAGCUACUGAAGGGUACCGAGGCGAAGAAUCCGAAGAUUGUUUCGGCAUGCAUUGCCACCUUGACGCUGGCGCUCAAGGAAUUUGGACCCAAAGUAAUCAAUAUGAAGCCACUGAUGAAGAAGAUUGCGAACUUUUUGGAAGACAGAGACAAGACUGUGCGGGAGGAGGGCAAAGCCAUGGUGGUGGAGAUGUACCGAUGGGUAGGCGAUCGUCUGAAGCAACAGUUGAAUACAUUGAAGCCAGUACACAUCACGGAGCUUGAAGCAGAAUUUAACAAUCUCAGCGAUGAGAAGGUAGCGCCCACGCGCUUCUUACGCUCGCAAAAGCCGAAAAAUAUGGGCAGCAAUGGUGAUUCGGUAGCGGCGAGCGAUAAUGGCGAGGACGACAACGAAGACGCAGACGGCGCUUCGAUCCCGGAUAUAGAUCCGUACGAUCUGUUGUCGCCUGUAGAUAUCCUAUCAAAAUUGCCGAAGGACUUUUAUGAAAAAGUCGAAGCUAAAAAAUGGCAGGAGCGGAAGGAAGCGCUGGAGGCGCUGGAAACACUCGUCAAGAAUCCGAAACUGGAAAACGGCGAUUACGGCGAUGUUGUGAGAGCUUUGAAGAAAAUUAUCUCGAAGGAUACCAACGUCCUAGUAGUUACGUUAGCGGGGAAAUGUCUGGCUGGUCUGGCCACGGGUUUGAAGAAACGAUUUCAGCCGUAUGCUGCCGCCUGUUUGUCUGCCAUUCUGGAAAAGUUUCGUGAGAAGAAGCAGACGGUGGUACAGGCGUUGCGAGAGGCCGCUGAUGCUAUCUACGAAAGCGUAAGCAUUGAUCUCAUUCUCGAGGAUACGCUAGCUGCCUUAGAGAACAAGAACCCGGCCGUGAAGGCUGAGACGGCCGCAUAUUUGGCACGAUGUUUUGUACGUACGCCACCCGCGAAUCUCAACAAAAAGUUGCUCAAAUCUUACACCGGUACGUUGCUGAAAACGCUUAACGAGCCGGAUCCGACGGUGCGUGAUAAUUCGGCAGAGGCACUUGGCACGGCGAUGAAACUGAUCGGCGAGAAGUCGAUGAUGCCGUUCCUCACAGACAUCGACAAUCUGAAAAUGACGAAAAUCAAGGAAUGCGCCGACAAAGCAGUGAUAACUGUCAAGGUGACGAGUGGUACAAAGAAGCAGGAACGACCCAAUACCGCACCGGCCAAAGUGGAGUCGCAAGCGAGCAAAGCGAGCAAAGAGAAAGCGAAAGGCACCAAACCGAAUACCGCGAGGAGACCCAACACCGGUACCGUGGUUGGGAAAAAGUCGACGACCAAAAAACCCGGCAUCGCUUCGUCUCUCACGAAUCUCGCAUCCUCGAAAAAAGCAGUUCAGAUGGAGAAGAAUUAUAGUCCAGAGGAAAUCGAAGAGAUGGCGGCGCAGCUUUUGCCAGCCGAGAUAAUCACCGGUCUUGUGGAUAGCAAUUGGAAAACGCGUCUGGCCGCAGUUACGCAGCUAUUGGACACCAUUAAAACGAUGGAUCCGACGGAAGUGCCGGCCCAAGUGAUUGUACGGACUCUGGCGAAGAAGCCUGGUUUUAAGGACACAAAUUUCCAGGUGCUGAAACUACGUGUAGAGAUCGUGAAAUACCUGGCAGAGAAUCAUUCCUUUACAGCUACCGUGGCUGAGUACUGCCUCAUGGAUAUCGCCGAAAAAUUGGCGGACGCGAAAAACAGUUCGAUCGCCGUCGAAACUUUAUUGGCAAUAGCCGAGGCUACUAGUUUUGAGUACGUAGCAGACGAAGUAGUGGCGUUUGCAUUUAAUCAGAAGAAUCCUAAAGUGCAGCAAGAGACAUUGCUGUGGCUGUGCCGGGGACUUACAGAAUUUGGUUAUGGUAUCAACGUCAAGUCUGUCAUCGAGAAUAUUAAAAAAGCAGUAGCGGCGACGAAUCCUGGCGUGCGCACUGCUGCAGUGACUUUGUUAGGCACUUUAUAUCUUUACAUGGGUAGACCGCUGCUGGCAUUCUUCGAUAAUGAGAAACCUGCAUUACGGCAACAGAUCGAGCAAGAAUGUGAGAAGCGCAACGGCGAGAUACCGCCGGCGCCUAUUCGCGGCGCCAAGGCCAAGAAAUCUGACGCCGUCAACGCCGAGGAUGAUGAGGAGGAUAUGGAAGAUACAUCGGAGAAGAAAGUGAGUGGCAGCGAGCCGGAACUCAACGAAUUGAUCCCGCGCGUGGACAUCAAUGCUCAAAUUACUGAAACGCUGCUAACCGAAUUGGCCGACAAGAACUGGAAAGUGCGUAACGAAGCAUUACAGAAGGUGAACACUCUGCUCGCCGAAGCGAAGUUUAUCAAACCGAAUAUUGGCGAUUUGCCUCAGGGACUAGCCUUACGUCUUGUUGACAGCAAUAGCAAAAUCGCACAAGCAGCUUUAGGUAUAUGCGAAAUGUUGGCGACAGCUAUUGGACCACCUGUGAAGCAGCACGUUCGCACUCUCUUCCCUGGAUUUCUGCAGUGCUUAGGUGAUAGCAAAAAUUGGAUCAGAGCGGCCGCGAUCUCUUGUAUUAAUACGUGCGGAGAUCAGUGCGGCUAUAAAGAGUUCUUCGAUGGCGAGAUGAUAGGUGAUGCGUUGAAAACGGGCUCGCCGAUGCUACGGUCCGAACUGUGGAGCUGGUUGGCGCAGAAAUUGCCUUUGAUUACAGUGAAACAGAUUCCUAAGGAAGAGCUUCUCGUGUGCCUUCCUUAUUUAUACGCUAAUCUGGAAGAUCGUAAUUCGGACGUACGAAAGAACGCUCAGGAAGCUGUUCUCGGUUUCAUGAUUCAUCUCUCUUAUGAAGCGAUGGCCAGAAACACUGAAAAAUUAAAGCCAGGAUCAAGAACAGUGGUGAUUGCCGCACUGGAUAAAGCUCGUCCUAGUUUACCUGUAAAGCCUCUGCCUAAAAAGGAGCCUUCGGACGAUAAUAUUCAGAAGGGUGGCGCAAAGGGUGCCAAAGUAGUGAAAGUGAUUAAAUCGAAGGGCACGUCAUCAAAACCAGGCAGUGCACGUAAAAAAGAUGACGAUGUGGACACCGGUCCUUUAUUGGUAGUCAAUAAUUUGAAGCAUCAACGUGUGAUUGACGAACAGAAGUUGAAAGUGCUUAAAUGGAACUUCACCACGCCCAGGGAAGAAUUCGUUGAACUUUUGAAGGAUCUUAUGACUGCUGCGAAUGUUAACAAGACUUUGAGAGCAAAUAUGUUUCAUUCCGAUUUUCGGUAUCAUCUAAAAGCUAUCGAAGCACUCACUGAGGAUCUUCCUGGGAACAGCAAAGCAUUGGUGUCUAAUUUGGAUCUUAUUCUCAAGUGGUUAACAUUGCGAUUUUUUGAUACUAAUCCGUCGGUGCUUUUAAAAGGAUUGGAUUACUUACAAUUGGUCUUCAAUAUGUUAAUUGAAGAUCAGUAUCACAUGUUGGAAACCGAAGCAGCAUCAUUUAUACCUUAUCUUAUUAUCAAAAUAGGCGAUCCGAAGGAUGCUGUACGUAAUGGCGUACGAGCUUUAUUCAAACAAUUUGCUCUGGUCUAUCCCGUCAGCAAGUUGUUCUCAUACGUAAUGGAGGGUUUGAAGUCGAAGAAUGCUCGACAGCGAACAGAAUGUCUGGAUCAAUUAGGAUCGCUAAUUGAGAAUUAUGGAGUUUCUGUCUGUCAACCCUCUCCAUCUGCAGCAUUGAAGGAAGUCGCGAAGCAGAUAGCGGACCGUGAUAAUUCCGUUCGUAACGCUGCGUUAAAUUGCAUCGUCCAGGCCUACUUCCUUCAAGGGGAACGCGUAUUCAAGCUCAUCGGCCAGAUAUCAGAGAAAGAUAAGUCCUUGUUAGACGAGCGCAUCAAGAGAGCAGCGAAAAAUCGGCCCAUAAAAUCUGCAUCUGCUACCAGACUCUCCACGCCUGCGGUCGCGGCUUCCAGCCCACCAACGGACGAUAUGGAGGCGGACUAUGACGAGGAGCCGGAAGAAAUUGCCGAACCGAUCGAGACAGUACCAGAACUGAAUUCUCCUACGUCAAUCCAAGCAAAAGUUCCUUCAGGUCCGUUCGGGCUGGAUAUGGAGUUUCUGCAGAGGCUCGAACUAAAGGCAGUAAAAUGUCGUAAUCCGAUAUUAGUAGAACCCAAUCUUACAGAUUUGAAUGAGUGUCCAGUUAAUGUGUUGAACCCACCCAAAAUGCAGAUGAUACCGAUUUCACCACCGAAAUUAUUAGUAUCAAAAUCAUCGACUGUCCAUGCACCAUCUGCUACUGCUAGUAGCAAAGAUGACACGCUCGAGCGUAACAUUUUGUCUAUGGCCAGUAUGGACUUAUCCACUGCAAUACAAUCUAUGAACGCAAUAGAAAACUUAUUAAAAUCUCAUCAAGCUAUCAGCUUGCAAUCGAAGGAAGAUAAAUUCAUCGGAUCGAUAAACAUGCAAUUAAAAUUAUUGCAAACGUAUCCGUUACGCCAAGAAAACGCGGACGUAUCUAGAGGUUUCAGAAAUACAUUUCUGGUUAUACUCGUGUUUUAUGACACUGGAUUUCUCGGGAAGAAUGUCCCAUUCAUACAUUUGAAGGAAUUGGUAGAUCAGAUGAUAAGCUUGCUAGCAGAAAAUAAGUUAGAGCAUUUACAUCAGGCUGGAGCAUAUUAUAGAGUGAUCAAUAAUAUUAUGGUGAAAAUUAUUGACAAUUCUAAUCAUACCACUAUCAUAUGCGUGUUGAUUAAACUGCUUCAUUCCUGCGCCGAGUCGAAUGUCCCAUCGAAGUAUGAGGAAUUGGUGAUGAAAUGCUUGUGGAAGAUAGUGAAAACAAUGUCAAAUUGGGCCGCUGACUUAGAUUACGACACAAUACUCUUAGAGGUUCACCGUUUUCUCAAGGAUUAUCCUACUACAUGGUGGAAGAAACGAAAGUCUGAUACUCCGCUACGAACAGUCAAGACAGUUCUUCACAGUAUGACCAGAGUGAAAGGCAGUUCAAUACUUAAUCAUUUGACACUAAUAAACAAUACUAAUGAAUCUGAAUUGCACGCUUACUUAAUAAGAUUAAUCGCGAGUCUUAAACCGGAUGAGAUUAAUGCUACAGCAAAAAUGAUGCCGAAAUCGAAUGUAGGAAGGACACCAAAGCAUCUGUCCAAGUCCACUCGUCAGCAAUUGGCUGAGAUAUUUAAGAAAAUUGGAUCGAAAGAGCAUAUGCAAGAGGGCCUAGUGCAGUUAUAUGAUUUCAAACUUCAAUAUCCGGAGGCCGACGUACAACCGUUCCUGGUCAAAUCUCAUCAAUUUUUCCAAGAUUUCAUAGAACAAGGGUUGAGAGAGAUCGAUCAGGCGCGGAAAAACCAAACCAUUUUGUCGCAGACUAACAAUCAAUAUUCUGUGGAAACAACCGAUUCUUCGGCUGCAGUUGCUGAUGAGAAAGAUAUGAUGGAUCCAAUGUACAGGCUCGAGAAACUUCGAGCCCUCGAAGCACAAUGUAGAAUAACCUCCUCUCAGCCGAAUCCACUAUGAAUGAUCAGGCAUGAGUAUAUUAAUUAGAUAAAUGGGAUACGAUACAUAUAUACACAUAUAUGUAAGUUGAGCAUACUUGUCCGACUUAUUUAUUCGCGUCUCUUAAAAUGUUCAAUCCUAUACCGUUGUCCACCGCUGAAUUUUCAUUCAGAUGAAUCAAACAAUCGCUUUGCGUGUGGAUCUUUGAUCUCCGCGGACCGCAAUGCGAUUAUUUGUUCUCCGUGAAUUAAUUUAAAUGAUUUGCACAGUUAGCGAAAGACUUGAGCGAACAUGAACCAUAGAAAAUAUUAUAGUUGUACCAUCAAAUACUUGCUACGUCGAACACAUCAUACAUCAUAAAGAUCUUGGGUUCUAAUUGUAGCAACGUAACGAUGAUGCGUGCAUGCUAAUGACGUUUCGUUUCUUCCACACAACAGUUAUGUAUCGUUAAUAAUAAUGUUACUAAUUAUGUAAAGUUGAUUGAUCUGAUACGUGUGUAUAAGUAUACGAAACUUACAUGAUUCGAGCGUAGAAUAAUUUGAUUUUACGUUAACUUAAUAUUUUUUACGUUGUUUUCUAAAUAAAUUCGUUUUUUUUUUUCCAUUUGAAUUCGAUUAAUAAUCACCACAUUGUCGUUACUUUCGCGAAAUCUCCUAUCCUCGCAAAGAAAAAAGAACUUUAGAAUAAAAUGCAUUAAAUGUUUUUUACACUUUUGUUUCGUUAGAAGAAAGAUCGCAUUUAAAAAA